CGGUCAAAAAGUUAGGUUAUGUAAAUGUCAUUAAACAAAGCUUGAUGAAUUAAACUUUUUAAAUUUUUUCUGAAAUCCCCAAUGUGCCAGACCUAAAAUAGACCUCAAAACCCCGUACAACUGGUGAAGGAGAAUUGGAAAUGCCAAAAUUACCAUUCAUAGUCCUACUGCUAAGCCUGCUAGCCUGCAAAGGUUCGGCGUUUCUCUGGUGCUACCACUGUGUGUCCACACAACCGGGCUGUGGAAGCCCGCUAAACUGGUUGUGGCACUGGACCAAGACUUGUCCAGAAGACGACGAUGUUUGCGUAAAAAUCAUCGAGGAAAAGGACGGUGAAACUAUGAUAACCAGGGACUGUCUCAGCUCCAUGAGGGGCAUAAGGACCGAUAUUCCGGCGGACCAUUACGAGGGCUGUCGGCCAGCCGCUGUUGAUAGUAAGCUGGGCAAUUACGUGAGCAACUCGAUAAAGGAGCUGGAUAUCUACAGGAAUUACUACGACAAUACCACUUGGUGCUUCUGCUUUUUAGACCACCGAUGCAACGACGGGUUAAGAGCCUCGUCUUCUGUUACCUUAAUUUUAGGCCUGCUGGGCGUAGCAGUUUUCGCGUAUUUAACGUAAUACGCUCCAAAGAUUUCCACAUGGCAAGAAUCUGAAAAUUCCGUCCAUUUAUUCGUUUAAUUCCGUACAUUUUACAAUAUAUAUUUUAUUAAAGACAUUCUAAAGAC